AUGGCUCAUAGAUUUUGCUUUGAGGCACUAGACCGAACUCUAAGAGAUCUGCUCUCCGCUGAUGACCCUUCCAAUGCAGCGAAGCCCUUUGGCGCACUGAGCGCUGUUGAGAAGGCGCGUAUGGUCCAGUUUGCACAAUGGGUGUUGGAUGUAGGUGAGGGAAAAGUUCCAGCACGCAGAAAAGACGGAGAGUCAGAAGAUACAUGGAUUAGCAUACCUGAUGAUAUAGUUAGAUUCUCGGAGGCUGGGAAACCUUCUGCAAUUAUCGAUGCUAUUUACGGGUGCCUGGAUGGCCUGCAUUCCGCUGAAGAAAGUCUGUCCACACCAUUUGCGCUGGAAAGUGAAGAUCUGCGAUGCAGCUUGGGAGCAGAUGUGCCCGCCGAUCUUUUCGAUCGCGCCACUGCCAGCAACUUCAAGCCACCCUCUCCUGGUGAAGGUGUCAAAAAAGAAACGGUGCUUCUGUGCUUGGAUGAUAAGAAAUCAUUUCACGAUCUCUCCAAUGAUUCUCUCUUCACUUCACCUGUCAUCAUCAAGCCUGAGAUACAUGAGAGUGUUUAUGUCUCUCGACAUCUCAUCCUGGGCCAAGUUAUGGAGAAGCUGAAACUCAAAGUGCACAGCUCAGGCUAUGAUUCUACCUUCCAGCCACUCAACAUGGAAACAGCAUGGCUGCAUGUUGAUUUGCCAUGCGGAAACAAACCUGGAGCAGAUUCAACCACUGUCAUCUUCGGUGACCCACAACCUUCUCGCAUUGAAGCUGAUGAGAGCGCGUGCCAGGCAGUCCUCAAUUACUAUUGCAACGUUAGAGAUGUGAGCAUCAAUGACUUCAGUCAUGGCAUCCUCAAAAUGAAACAGCAUGAACUGGAUGCAAGCAACUUCUUUUGUGCUGCCAUGCAAGAUAGAGUGGUCCGUCUGGUUCUGGAAAGGGAUGCUGCUAUCUCUGCUAUUGAAAAGCAUAGAGAGAACAUGGAUAUCAAGACCUAUCCUUUAAGUGAGGCAUUCAUUAAGAAGAAACAAGACGAGCUCAACAAUGAUUGCUUCUAUGAAAUUCUGCAAGACAAGAUCAAUAAGCUGCUUCAGGAUCGUAAUGUUCAGAAACAGCGGUACACCAACAUGAUCAAUGACCUCGCCUCUAUCUGUGACAGCUUUGGCUAUCUGCUGCCAAUUCAGAAGGUUCACAGUGAUGAGGCCAUUUCUGCAGACACAGAGACUGGAUUCAUAUUCACCAGCAACAAAACCAAUCCAUCUCGCUCUGAUCAGCUUGCUUUGCCUCUCCUCAAGCUCCUUCGUGAUGGGAUCAUCUAUGAGACCAAGCACGCUACCACUCCAUUCUGAGGAGGCCAGUGUUCUGUCCAUUGUAUAUAGCCACUCGCUGCUGGUACCUCUGUCCUGUAGAAACAGAGACAGCAGCCGCCUCUCCAUCUAGAGAUGGAUUCUUUUGCGUGCCACAGCAUCUAGCACGAUUAAC